AUGGAUAACUUAAGACCACCAAAUGAACUAAAUAUCCACGAUGCGCAUAUAGAAUGGCCAAAGUGGAAGAAGAAUUUCAAUAUAUACAAAGUGGCUGCAGGGAUAUCAAAAAAGAAAAAGGACGAACAAUUAGCCAUAUUCUUACAUAUAAUAGGGGAGGAUGCUAGAGAUGUGUUUGAUACAUUCGAAACAGCAGGAGAGAUAACAGAACUUGAUGGUGCAAUUGAACUCUUUGAUGCAUUCUAUAAGCAAAAAAUCAAUGAAUGUGUAGAAGCAUAUAAAUUUAAUAUUCGUGAACAGAAGGUAGGUGAAACUUUCGGCGAAUAUCUUUCUGCGUUAAGAAAGUUAAGUGAGAACUGUAACUUUGGGACAAUGAAAGACCGUCUUAUUAGAGAUCGGUUAGUAGCAGGCAUUGUUGAUAAAAAAUUACAAGAAAAAUUUCUAUCAGAGGCCGACUUGACAUUAGAAAGAGUAAUUGAUUUAACCAAAAAAUAUCAGGCAGCUAAAGAUCAAAAACAACUUAUGAACAACACAGCUGUAGAAGAAAAAUCAAUUAUGAAAUUAGGUAAGCAGCAAAAUAAACAAUUUAAACAAGGUUUAUCGAAUGCAAAAAAAGUGACGGUUAAACAAAUAGAAAACUGUUCAAGGUGUGGUAAAACACACAAUGUCAAUAAAUGUCCGGCUUAUCAACAAGAAUGUAUGAAAUGUCAUAAACCUAACCAUUUUGCUAUAAAAUGUAAGUCUACUAUUGGUACAAAUAAUGGUAAUAAAAGUGAUUGGAAGAAAUCAAAAAAAUUGAAUACUGUUAAAGAAAUAUCAGUAAAAAACAAUAUCGGUUCUGACAGCUCAGAAGACCUAUGUUUGGGAGCGGUAAUCUGUAAUGUCGGUAAAUGUGAAAAGCGCAAGUCAACCAAGACAGCGGUCCAGUGGCUUGAAGAGUUGCGGGUUCAAGGAAGAAUAAUUCAGUUCAAACUAGAUACGGGAGCAGAAGCCAAUGUAAUUCCAUUAUCAGUACUGAAGGAGGUGGGAUUAACGCCAAUCACAGUGAAGAAAUGUGGAGAAAAACUUGUAAAUUAUUCAGGUACCGAUAUUAAUGCAUUAGGUAAGAUAAAUUUAUUAUGUAAAAUUAAGUCGAGUGAAGAACGGCAUUUAGAGUUUUUUGUUGUAGAUAAUGAUAAAUGUGUGCCAAUAUUAGGAUUAGAUACAUGUGUGCAACUGAAGUUAAUUAAUAGAGUACAUAUCUGUCAAUUAAAUCCUGAUCAAUCUAAUUUGGAAAGUGAAAUAGAUAAAAAGUUUAAAGAUAUUUUUCAUGGUCUAGAUUGGGUAAAUUCAAUGGUAGUAAUAAAAAAACCUAAUAAUGAGUUAAGAAUUUGUUUAGAUCCACAGGAUUUAAAUAAAAAUUUAAAAAGAGAAUAUUUUCCUAUGACCACAGUAGAGGAAAUUAUGGGUAAAAUGUCUGAGGCACGUAUUUUUAGUAGAUUAGAUGCAAAAAAUGGAUUUUAUCAAAUUUCAUUGAGUGAGGAAAGCUCUAAGCUAACAACCUUUAAUACUCCGUUAGGAAGAUAUUGUUUUUGUAAACUUCCUUUUGGACUGAAUGUAGCACCAGAGAUAUUCUACAAACAUUUUUCCCAGUUAGUAGAAGGUCUGGAAGGGGUGCAGGUAUAUAUGGAUGAUAUAAUAGUUUAUGGGAAAAAUGAAGAAGAACACAAGUCUAGAUUAAUGAAUGUUCUACAUAGAUUGGUAAAAAAUAAUGUUAAAUUAAAUAAAAACAAGUGUGAAUGGGGAGUCAGUAAAUUAAUUUUUAUUGGUCAUGAAUUUUCAAGUACUGGUGUUAGGCCCGACCCUGGUAAGGUGAAAGCAAUUAAAGAAAUGGCGCAACCAAAAUGUAAAAAAGAUAUCGAACGAUUUUUAGGAAUGUAUAAUUAUAUAUCAAAAUUUAUACCUCAUGCAUCAGAUAAAACAAAACCGUUAAGGGAUUGUCUAAAACAAAAUUCAAGUUUUCAGUAG